UCCAUUUCAGCAACAACCAUCUUCUUUUACUAGCUAUUUCGCCCUAAUCACUACUUCGUUCAUCAAUCGAACCAAACAAUCAAAAUGGUCGCCUUCACAUCCCUCGCAGUCGCUGCCACCACCUUCCUAGGCCUCACACAUGCUGCACCCGCCAAUCCAGUCCGCAACACUGGUGUAAUUCACCGUGUAUUUGCAGGCUCUACCACUGAAAACGGCGGCCUCCACUUCGAGCCCCAGAACGUGGUAGCAGAACCUGGCGAUGUCAUGGAAUUCCAUUUCCUGCCCAAGAACCACACAGUGGUCCAAUCAUCUUUUGAAAAGCCAUGCGAACCUCUUGCAGGUGGCAAAGGCAUCUUUUCUGGGUUCAACUUCCGUACCGAUGCCGGCGAGGCUCCGAAAGUGUUCACGUUCACGGUUCAGGACAAGAAACCCUUCUGGUACUACUGCUCCCAGACGGUGGGCGACCAUUGCCAGAAGGGCAUGAGCGGUGUCAUCAAUCAGAACUUCGACUCCGACAAGACGCUUGCCAAGUACAAGGAGAACUCGAAGAACACAGUUACCAAGCAGCCUUCUGCUGACCCUCUUGCUUCUCAGGGUGGUUGGAUCCUGCCCAACAAGCCUUUGUAG